ACAGAUGGAGGGGACGCCCACCACCCAGGCUUUCCUGUAGUACACACUUCCGGAAAGUUCACUCGCUGCUUCUUUCUCACCUCUCCACCUGAGUGUAUCCAGAGCUUGGAUAAAAUUUAGGAGUCAUUCACGAAAAUGAGUGAAAUUAAACCGAUCGAGUCCGCUCCGACUGAAGACAGCGCAGAGGAAACGGACUGGGCUGCGGCCAAAGCUUUCUUCGACAGCCUCAAAACUGAAAAACCGAGACCUGUAAGUUCACAGAGUUUUGACAAAGUUUUAUUUUAAGCUGUUCACCCAUAUUCUCUUUAAUGUAACACGUGCUGCUGUUAAUGCUUAUCCCACUUUCCCCUCACUCGCAGCCUAAACCCCGUUAUGCUGUCACCAUCGCCGUCUCCUCUCGGACCCUCUUCAACAUGGUGGAAGAGAGGAAGAUCUACGAGGAAGAGGGACUGGAGAAGUAUGUGGCCCAUCAGGUGGAGCAUGAGAGCGAGCCUCUGAAACCAGGAGCAGCUUUUCCCUUUGUCAAGGUAGGGUGUACAAUAGGGGCCAGAACAUGGAGGCUGCCAACCUGUUGUUGCAGAUCACCAUAAGCUGAGGGGUGUGGUCCACAUGAAGCAUUUUUGUUGAUUCAGUUCAGACCAGGAAGAGCUGGCUUUACAAAAAGAGACCGUUUAACUCCUUGUGUACAUAAACUUUUUAGAUGAAGGCGUGUUGCAUAGAGAAGGCACACUAAUACCUUAUACUUGCACAAACGCCUGGCCAGUGAAGCUGGCUCUGAUUUGGAUGUUACACUCAAAGCCACACCUCAGCUAUUAUGCAAUUUGACAUCUGGCAUGAUUCAACCCAUCACGUUUUUUUCUGCAAGCCAUAAUAAUGCUUUUUAGAGCAGAAAAUAAAUGUUAAAGCUUGUCUAUCGCCCCCCUGUUCAACUGUAUCAGUCAUUCUUGACAUGCAGCCAGACAGGUUAUAAAAUCACACCAGUCCUCAGCGAGGAAAUGCAGCUGCUGUUUAAGAGGAUUAAAGCAGAAAGCUACUGUGCAAAUCUGCAGGAAAGUCAGAUGAUGUUUUAAACUACUGUCCUAUAUGUUUAUACUUUAAAUACAAAGUUUUCAGCUGAACUGACAAAAUGAUUUUGGAGCUCCUGUGAGGAACUUUUAGUGCCUUUGACAAUUUUGGCGCCCCCUGCAGACAAAGCAUCUUGUUACGCUCAAAGCUCCUGUGAGGAGUUUUUGUGCAUUAAUGAAAUAGACUGAAAUUGAUGUUGAUGUAUUUUGAUGAUGUACAAAAGCAAGCGAGUCCAUCAGUGAUGAGAUUGAAGACUUGUGUUGUUGUUUUUUUUAAUGCCUGAAACUAAAACGAGUGGGGAGGUGUCAGCUGUGCAGCUGAAGCAACAACCCCGUUUAGACAUUUUCAAAAUUAAAAAAAAAAUAGCCUAGAUGAUAAACUUUUAUGUCAUGUCAGCAGGAUGAGAUUUUUUUUUUCAGAAGGCAGUGUUCAAACAUAGUGGACAAGAAAAGCAAAGACCAAUUGUCCACAGAAAACACAAACUGCAAGGUCCUCACAGGAGCUUUAUUGAGUGACUUACAACAACAAAUGUCAUUAUGCUGACCAUUUCACUGAUUUCACUGUUACAUAUAUCUUUCAUUGUUUAAAUUGCAAAAACAGGGCUUCUUCCACAGCUGACCCCCCCUUUGUACUGGCUCCUGCCAUUAAAAACUAUGAUACAAAAACUGUCACUGAUGGUCUUGUUUGCUUUUGUAUAUCAUGAGAGGGCAUCAAUAUGAAUUUCAGUCUUUAUCAGCAAUGUCAAAAAGAAAAAAGUAAAACAUCAAAGGAGCUUUAAAAUGCAAUAAAGCUAACAAAUCAGUGUCCUGCCUCUGAUAUCCGUCAGGCCAAAGAACCUCGUUCACAUCCGCUUUGAUUUUCUCCCUGACCCAGCAGUGGGGGAAAAUGUCUACCAUGGCAUAUCCAUCCCUAUCAUUCAUCUGGAUGUAUAGGUCACUUGAGGCCUCUUUUAUUCUCUGACAAAUGAUUUAAGCAUUCAUCUAAUUGAGUUAGCACAGGUAGGACAUGAGGGAGACUAAUCGGACAUCAGGGUGUUGCGUUUUGAUUGCCAGUGUCUACAAGUGAACAAAGUGUGCUUGAGGAUGCAGUUUGUAUUCAGAGGUUAGCAGAACUGUGACUUGGAGUGAGACCAAGGGAAGUGAUCUUAGAGUUGAGCAGCAUGGAGUUGAAAUGUGCGCUCCAGGUUGUCAGAAAUUAGUGCAUAAUUCCAAUUUUUGUGUGUACACAAUGAUGAAAAACUUGUUGAUUAUGUACUGAAAAUAAAUGAAAAUGUUGACUGCAAAUAUGGUUGUCUAAAUAUACUUAGAUGACUAUUAAUAUGCCUGGGUGGUGUAACACAAAGGUGAAGUCUUAAAGUUGCAAACACUGGAUCUUUAUUACCCUCGUAACAGCCACCAUAUAUCACAGAGACCAGCCUGACAGCUUCUUAUGCAACAGUAUGUGCACAUAUGAAGAGUGCCACACGCUGCACAUGUUCUGCAUAUUGAAAGGUACAACUUAAACCGAAUUAGAUUUAUUUAAACAAGCCUACACUUUACGAAACAACUGAGUGGUGUGAUGAAGACAUCGUGUGAUUUUCUGCUCAGUUCAUUGCCUAACCUGAGUUACAAUGUCUGUACAAAACUGAACAGAAAACCCUUAAAGGCACAUUCGUUGUUUUUUAAUGUUGUUUUUAGAACUUGGUGUUCUCCCCCCGGGCUGUCUGAUUUAACUGAAAAAAAAGGAGAAACUGAGGUUCACAUUACGUCAAAUCUGUGUUGAAAUUUCAUGUUGUUCGCUUGACUCAACAUCCUGGCUCUCGGUGUUUGUCCUCCACACACAGGCUCUGAUGACCGUCAACACUCGACUGAGGGCUCUCUACCCGGACAGUGAGGAGCUGUUUGACAUCGUCUUGAUGACAAACAACCAUGCCCAGGUUGGAGUGCGCCUCAUAAACAGCAUCAAUCACUACGGUACGCUAUGUCCUGACCUGACAUUAACUGUCAAACACUGCAGGUAGACACUGAUUUCCUCCUGCAGCUCUCUCAAAUCCUUUUUUAUUUACUUUCAGAUUUAACCAUUGAGAGAUUCUGUAUGACUGGAGGUAAAAGCCCCAUAGGAUACCUGAAGGCCUACAUGACGAAUCUUUACCUCUCCAAGGACUCUGAGAAAGUCACAGAGGCCAUCGAGGAAGGUGAGGAAGAUCAUAAUCUCCAUUUCUCUUAGACAUAACCUUUUCUGGUUCAUAAAUAAAUCAGUGCAUCCUUGCAUGUCAGUCGCCUCAGGGCGUGUUUGUACUACACUGAUAUUUACACUGUCAUGUUGGUUUUGUUUGUGAUUCACACCCGACCCCACACUGUGCAGCAAGAAGAAACUGCAGGAAGACGGCAUGUGAUUCAUGGCCCCCUGUGGUCUCAAUGCACAGAAAACAAACUUGUCUGAAACAUUCAGAUAUAGCUGUGGCACAACCUAUUAAACAUUUGACUUGAAAAUAGUGUUUUAUGAACUGAUAUAAGCUGACAAAGGCAGCAAAUGCAAAACACGUCCAGUUUCUGUAUGUGGGAAUCAUGUACUGUUAUUACUACUGUAUCACAGCAAAAUCAUUUUGAGGAUUUUGAACAUUUGUCUAUGAGAGACAGUUUCCUUAAGGUUUCUGUAGGGAACUUUGAACUAGAUUUUAAAAAGUAUCUCGUUUCUCCUGAUAUAUCAGUGUCACCUACAACAGAAAAUAAGCCCAUUGAUUGGAGGGAAGAUAAGAUAUUUCUAAAUAGUCUAACUCCUACUUUCAGAAUUCGUUGAUCAGGUCUGCCCACUGACAAAACGAUUAACGGCACGCAGGCCGGAAGUUACAGCACUUACACAGGGCGAGGAGCAGUGAGUUGUUGCCAAGCGAGCCAGUGAGAACAAAGCAAAAACAAAUAGCUACACAUGGCCGAUGAUGGGAUGGGGUCCACAAAAAGAAAGCGAAUUAGAACAGAAGAGCAAAAAAAAAAAAAAAAACGAAAAGGGAAUGUGAUUGAGCAAGGGCAAAAACAAGAUAAUUCCUUGGCGAGGUGGAGAGAGUUGCGGGGCUUGAAGGGAUUCAAGUCAGAUCUUGAAUUUGCCCAGUUCCUUCUAGACAGAUAACGUGAGCUGUGCUUUUUUACACUGUUGGCUUAUUGAUAUGACAAUAACACAUUACCAAGGAAAUGUGACAACUUUAGCUUUAUACACUAAUCUACGGCCAAGUUAUCUAGACUAAUCUGUUUGUUGUAGGUUUCCUGUUACAAAUGGGACGUAACUGUAGGCUAAAAAUACAAGUCACAAUAUACAAAAUUACUUUGUUUCACCAACGGCAUAUUAUAUUUCAUAGAGAUAAAAAUAUAUACAUAACCUCAUCACUACGCAUCCUGCAGAUAGCCAAAAAAUAAAUAGAUAAAUAAAAAAUACAAAAAAUAAUUCUAAGUACCGGUAAGUUCCAUCUUGAUUCAUUCGCCUCCAAAACAAAUACAUGCCAGACCAAAGACUUUGUAAGUCUUUGUACAGCUGCUUUAACAGGUUUAACUUUUUGUAACAAAUGCACAUUUUCUUGAAAUUACAUACAAAAAAUAAUAUUUGAAGUUUAAUUGAUAGAGGAAAUAAUCAUCUUGUUGUGUUACUUUCAUCUGAAGGCCACCAUUUGUGAUACAUGCUAACUGUACCUUUUCAACACAAUUUCUAUGACCAGAUAUACCUCUGUUGGAUCUUUUAAAUUCAAACUCUUUAAUCUUUUGAAUUAAUUUAGCACCUAAUGAUCAGCUAUAUAUGCAGAGAUAAAGUGUGAUUAAUCUACUCUAGACCCAAACAGGUUGACACCAUUUAUCAUAUCUGGUAAAGUUGGAACAACCUUUUUGUUUUUAGGGAAGGAAAACUGAAAUUUGUCAGGGUUUUCUUUAACGUGUUGUAAUCUUGGAGACUUUUUGUUGAUGGUGUUAAACAACCCUUCCCUUCAGGGAUCGCUGCAGCCACCAUGUUUAUGCCAGACACAGAGACACAGUUGAGUGACACUCAGCUGAGGGUGGCGUUUGAUGGCGAUGCUGUCCUUUUCUCUGAUGAGUCCGAGAUCAUUGUGAAGAAACACGGCCUGGAUACCUUCUUUCAGCAUGAGAAACAGUUUGAGAACAAGCCUCUUGCUCAGGUAGCUUCAAAAUGACUCUUCAUCUGCCCCAGUGUUCCUAAUCAGUAAAUUUUUUUAGUCAUCCUGCCUCGUCUUCUCUCCUAGGGUCCCCUAAAGUGUUUCCUGGAGGCUCUUGGUAAGCUUCAGAGAAAAUUCUAUGCCAAGAAUGAGCGCAUGAACUGUCCAAUCCGAACCUUCCUGGUCACGGCCCGCAGCGCUGCCAGCUCCGGGGCUCGAGUCUUGAAGACUCUCCGCAGCUGGGGCCUGGAGAUUGACGAAGCUCUGUUCCUGGCUGGUGCUCCUAAAGGGCCCCUGCUGCAAAAAAUCAGACCUCAUAUCUUCUUUGACGACCAGAUGUUUCAUAUUGAGGGCGCCAAGGAACUGGGAACCAUUUCUGCACACGUUCCCUAUGGGAUUGGACAAAAGUACAACAGAGGGAAACUUAUUGAGCAGCCAGAGAAAAAGGAAUAAAGUAAAAGUGGUUAAAAUAAUACUAACUCUGCAUGAUAGUGUCAUCUGCAUACAGAGAUACCUGCAACAAGAUACAAUACUGUAAUUAGAAGAAGAAAAAAAAAAACAGUAAAAGCACUAGUUUUAGAGGACAUAGGUAAUGAAUUGAUAAUUCAUCAUACAAAGUUGUGUAUAUUUUUGCUUCUUAAGAGGUUUUUUACAGGGAUAGUGGUUGGGAAGUGUGUUUUCUAAAGAAGUGUUACUUCACUCUGUACUCCUUUUGUAAGGGAUAUUCAAACGUAUAGCAUGUUUGUGCCUUUUAACCUCACUGUAUACUGUGUACUUUUAUAUUUUUUCUUGACAGUUUUAUACAAUAGGAACAUUUAUUUUCAUUAGCUUAGUUUAGCCCUUUGUCUAUGCUCAGUGUGACAAAGGCAGGGGAACUACAAAACUGUUUAUUCCUUUGUCAGAUUUUGGACCUGUCAAACAUUUAGCAGUCAAUUUGCACAUUUUUGCAACACUUCAUUUCCUUUAUUUAUGUUUUUUGAACAUGUGCGUGCAACACAAACUCGUGUUAACUUAACUCAUAUCAGUUUUAAAUGGUUAUUUAGCUCAGUAUCUGCCUUUAUCUCACAGGAAUCACUGAUGCUAUGUGUCUGUUACUCUCUCUGCUGUUGUUGAGCACAAACUCUACACAACACAAACUUUAGACUUGUACUGCAACAUUUAUUCUCAGUUUUUAUGCUUUUACAUUAUAUCUGGCAGCACAAUUAAUACUUUUCUAAUAUGUUCUUGUGUUCUUUUAAGACCUCGUGUUUUAUACUGAAAAGAUCAGCAAUUUUAUGCAUAACUCCACACCUUUUACAAGCUACACUUGCUUGUAAAACAUGUUUUACAUUGACAGUGUUCAUGUCGAUACCCCGGAUAAGGGUGAUUUGUCACUUUCUUUACCUUAACUUUAAAGUAGUGUGUGCCUUUAGAGUUACUGGAGGUGGAACUUAGUGGAUUGAGUGUGGAGGUGGGUUGAAAAAAUGAAUGGGGGUAACAGUUGCUGUGUAAUUUUUCUUUAUUUUUUUUAAAAGAGUGAUGCAAAAAUCAUGAAAGGUUUUCAGGAUGAUUUUUGGUCUUGAUAAAUGUUGUAUCAAUUUUGUUUAACAUGAUAUUUUAUGUUCAUAAAAGCUUUUGAAAACGUUUUCUGGUACUGUUAUUUCAUUUGUUAGGUUUUUAUAUUCAAAGGUAGCAGAAAAUGUUGCAUCAUUUUUUAAAAAAUUGUCUUUCAGCUAUGAAUGACUCUUAAAUCUCCGAACCUUUUCGUGAGACUUGACCCCUGAAUAAAAUCACUACAUGAAUGAAA